UUGCGCUGUCGAGCAGAAAGAAGAUCGUCUGCUAAAGGGGCCGGCCUCUCGACGAGUUACGAUGAUGAAGUCAUUGGAAUAAUUGAAAUAAUAAUUUUUGUUUUAAUUUCAUCUUUCUGUCGAGGAGGAAACCUGCUUCAAGUUCAGGAUGGAUCUUAGCCAGCUGUUCUACCAACCAAACUAUAAUCUGUCGCAGAAAAGGCCUCAGCUCUCACAAGCACCAUCCACUAGAUCCCAGUAUAUUGAUAUCCCCGAGGCUCCUGUAGCAAGUGAGGCUCCAUUGUUGCCCUCUGUCUUUCAAGAUUCAUUUGAUUUUCAGCCCUCGCAACUCUUUCAGCAUUCAUCGAAAGAUAUUCAGAAGAAUAAAAACCAACAAAACUUCCAUGACGAUAAAAGCAUCGGAUCAAAGAUAAGUAAAAUCUUCAAGACCCCAUCAAUAACCAGAGUGGACAGCUUUCACAGUUUUGCCAGCAUCACUCCACUGAAGAGCAGUGUGAGGCAUGAUACAGAAGUUGGGAGCGAUGAGGACUUGUUUGACUCCAGAACUGACACUCUUCCUGUGGUAUCAGUAAAAGACAAACUAUUUACACCAGCUCCACUGAUCUUACCCGCUCCAAGCUGUGAUGGUUUCGCGCUAAAACCAGUUGAAGAGCUGCCUGUCAAAUACAGGACCAUAUUCAAGGCAUUCCCUUAUUUCAACAUUGUACAGUCUAAAGUGUUUGAUGAUGUUUUCUACACUGACAAGCCCCUUGUGGUGUGUGCUCCCACAGGAUCUGGUAAGACAGUCAUAUUUGAGCUGGCCGUUGUUAGACUUAUCAUGAAGAUGGAGAGUGUUGUGGUGAGAGGCUUCAAGAUUGUCUAUAUGGCUCCCAUCAAGGCCUUAUGCAGUGAGAGAUUACAGGACUGGACGGACAAGUUUGAGUCAUUUGGCCUGAAGUGUAAAGAACUAACUGGUGAUACAGAAAUAGAUAAUUAUUAUGAGCUGCAGGAAGUGAAUGUGAUCCUCACAACCCCUGAGAAAUGGGACAGCAUGACACGACGCUGGCGGGACAACAAAUGUAUUGUCCAGUCAGUGUGCCUCUUCCUUAUAGAUGAGAUCCAUGUUCUGAAUGACAAUGUGCGGGGAGCGACAAUAGAGGCUGUGAUCAGCAGGAUGAAGACUGUACAGGUCUCCCUAUCUCACUCUAACACUGAGCAACCCCUACCCAAACUCCGUUUCAUAGCUGUGUCUGCCACCAUACCCAAUAUCGAGGAUAUUGCAGAGUGGAUGGGUGAGAACCAUCAAGCAGCAACAUUUUACAAGAUGGAUGAGAGUUGUCGGCCAGUGCGACUUAGGAAGGUGGUGCUUGGGUACCCGUUUGAUGAACAGAAAGGCUCUGGGUUCCACUUUGACAUGUCACUCAGUUACAAGCUUGGUGGGAUCAUCAACACUUACUCAGAUGGAAAACCUGCACUGGUGUUCUGUUCCACAAGGAAAGGUACUCAACAGGCUGCUGACAUUCUGGCCAAAGACAGUAGAAGUACCUUUAUCAAGGAUGUUAAAAACAGACAGAUUUUGCUGAAAUACUCCAAUCUGGUAAAGGAUGCUAAACUCAGAGACACAUUGAUAAAGGGUAUUGGUGUUCACCAUGCUGGGAUGGAUAUUCAAGAUAGAAAAUACAUGGAGGAGCUGUUUGCUUCAUCUCAACUACAAGUUUUGGUUGCUACAAGCACUCUGGCCAUGGGUGUGAACCUCCCUGCCCACCUGGUGAUCCUUAAGGCCACUCAGCACUACAAUAUGGGCAUGCUAGAGGAAUACUCCAACACUCAAGUUCUACAGAUGAUUGGACGAGCUGGACGACCACAGUUUGAUACUACUGCAACUGCUGUUAUUAUGACAAAGACACAAAGCAAGCUGAAGUAUGAAUCUUUGCUGAAUGGAACACAGAUGAUUGAGAGCAGCCUACACAAGCACCUGAUAGAGCACCUGAAUGCUGAGAUUGUGCUGCAAACCAUCAGUGACAUGGCCAUCGCGAUGGAGUGGAUACGACACACCUACCUCUACAUCAGGGUGAUGAAGAACCCCAAACACUACGGAAUGCCAGUUGGCCUCACAAGAGAUCAAACAGAGACAAAACUUCAAGAACUUUGUAUGAGGAAUCUGAAUCAAUUGGCUGGUAUCCAGAUGAUAAAAAUGAAUGGAGACACAUUUGACAUUCAGUCUACAGAGGCUGGGAGACUGAUGGCAAGAUAUUGCAUCGCCUUUGAGACAAUGAAGAAGUUCUGUGGUGUUACAGGAGAGGAGAGCAUCAGCGACCUGUUGGGGAUUGUAUCUGGGAGUGAGGAGUUCAUGGAGGUCCAACUGAGAGUGAAUGAAAAGAAGACGCUGAACACUCUUAACAAAGACAAGAAUAGACAAACCAUCAGGUAUCAGUUGCAAGGAAAGAUCAAGACGAAGCAAAUGAAAGUCAAUUGCCUCAUACAAGCACAGUUGGGCUGCCUUCUGGUUCAAGAUUUUGCUUUACAACAGGACAUCACCAGGAUAUUCAGAGCUGCACAGAGACUUUCUAGAUGUCUGAUGGAGGUGCUGUGGAUACGGGAUGAUUAUAAGGCAUUCCUGAGUGCUGCACAGCUGUGUAAAGCCAUCAAAGCCAAGCUUUGGGAGAACUCCAAACAUGUAGCCAAACAGCUAGAGAGGAUAGGUCCAGCACUAUCUACAGCUCUUGUCAAUGCUGGGAUCACCAGCUUCCAAAAGAUCGAGGAAACCAAUCCACGAGAUCUAGAACUGAUUGUCAACAGACAUCCUCCUUUUGGUAACCAGGUACGAGAUUCAGUCACCUAUCUUCCUAAAUAUGAACUGACUAUGGAGCAGGUGUCACGAUACAACAGUGGUACUGCAGAGAUUCUGCUACACCUCAACAUUGCAAACCAGACAAGCCUACUAAAUAAGAAGACCGCCUCCCUGUUCCAUACCUGUAUACUUCUGGUUGCUAACAGUGACAACAAGAUCAUCUUCAGACGCAAACUUAUGGACUCGUAUUUACAGAAGGAAUCAGGCUUCACUAAAAAGUUGGAUGUUCAGAGGGCUGCUACAGGGUCCGAGUUAUACAUCCACCUCAUCAGUCAGGACUGGGUCGGGCUGGAUGUGGAGACCACCUAUUCACCUUACUAUCUUGGGGCCACAAGGAUUUCCAAUGUACCAUCGAAGGUUGAUGGCAGCAAUCAGCAACAGUCAGGUGGCAGAUAUACAGGUGUGCAAACAACAUCUGAUGGUCUCCGGCCCUGUAAUCAUCGCUGCUACAAUAAGUCUCUGUGUGGGCACAAGUGUUGUAACUCCAUGACCGAGGCAAAGCCUAAGCUCCCUGCGACCCCCAGGAUCCCUAUGCUAUCCAAGCCCAAGACUGGAAGCAUAUGUAAUUACAUAUCUGGCCUCAAAAAUAAACUGACCAUGCUACCGGAUACUCCCAGUGCCAAAAGGAUAAAGAUAAGCAGUAUAAACAACAAGUCUAUCAACAUGGAUCAGUUUGCAUACACACCAAAGAGACCGGAGACUAUGGUAAUGUCAGAUGAAGGUUACAGCACCCAUGAAACAAUUGACCAGUUUAACAGCGACGGUUCAUCAGAUGAGAUUUGUAAAUCUACUAGUACCACACCAGGAAGGCCCCAGACCUCCAAGUUUUAUGACAGAGAUUGCACAGUUAUGUCCUCUGAGGCUGGAGAUUGUGGACAAGGCAAGCAGCAGGAAGGUCUGACCAAACCCCAGUACAACGAAUGGGCACAGCUAGACCUAUACCAGAAACACAGAGAGGAAUACAAGGAAGAUGCUGAGAACUCCCAUCAAGAGGAUGACUACGACUUUCCGGAAUUGAAUGUUAGCAACUCAUACUCACCUCAAGUACAAACCACCAAUCGAUCACAGUACCAGAUGGCAGAACAGUAUGGAAAUUUCGGUAUCAGUUCAAGUCUGUUCCCAUCUAAAAUCCCAAGUCCUCACAGAAUGGACUACCACCCUCAAACACAUACAGAUGGAACCUUGUCCUACAGUUGUAUUGACGACUGGGACGAUGAUAAUGCAAACUUUCAAAACUCGGGAGAUGGACUCUCUAGUGCCUUUGAUACACACAGAGCAAGUUUGUCCUUCAGUGUUGAUAAACCAAGGACUUCAGUCUUGCAUGGCACUCCCAGCAGCAGUACGAAAAAAAGAAAAUAUCCACAGCAUUGUGAUGAUGAUGAUGUGAUAGAGAUUUCAGAAGGAGAGUUGUCUCUUCAAGAUAAAACCAACUCAUCGACACCACACAGAUUUGGACAAGUGGUAGCUUGGUCAAACUCGCAAAGGAAGGCCAAUGAGAGCUGUCCUGUGACACCCAACCAACAGAAAAAUUGGGUUAUGUUUAACCAACAGGGGAAUGAGGCAUCACCAAAUGGAUCAAAGAGUGAGGAGGAUCACUGGAGUGGUAGUGACAACGAACUCCUGAUGUUAGAUGCCUCCACCAACAAUGACAGAAUCAGAAAGACAACUGACGGCAAGAAAAGUAAUCCUGGAGCAGUAUUGACAUCUCCAAGGUCUGACUUAGACUCAUUUCCACAGCUGGUCAGACCUAAGACCUUUUUAAACAACAAAAAUAGGUACACAGGGACAUCCAACUCCAAACCCAGACAAGGCGGCCAAGCUAACAGCUAUUGCAGUAAUUUCCAAAGUAGUUGUAUGCAAGAAAGUGUUAAAAACAACAAUGGAAAAAGAGACCAAAGUUUGCUAAGAAAAUCCCAAAGCAACAGUGGCGUACAAGAAAAUAGCUAUAGUAACAAUUACAGACAAAAAUACAUCCAAAGCAAUGGUUCUAGUAGGGGCAACCUCUUAACUAACAGUUCUAGUAGUGGCAACUUCCAAACUAACAGUUUAGGGCAAGGAAACAUCCAAACCAACAGUUCUAGGCAGGGAAACAUCCAAACCAACAGUUCUAGUGGAGGAAUCGUCCAGGGCAACAGUUCUAGUGGAGGAAUCGUCCAGGGCAACAGUUCUAGUGGAGGAAUCGUCCAGGGCAACAGUUCUAGUGGAGGAAUCGUCCAGGGCAACAGUUCUAGUGGAGGAAUCGUCCAGGGCAACAGUUCUAGUGGAGGAAUCGUCCAGGGCAACAGUUCUAGUGGAGGAAUCGUCCAGGGCAACAGUUCUAGUGGAGGAAUCGUCCAGGGCAACAGUUCUAGUCGAGGGAAUGUCAAAAAUAACAUACCUACACAUGAAAAUAUCCAUUGCAAUGAACAUAACCAUGAGCAUGAAGGUUUUCAGAAAAGCCAUCCCUAUAAGAGUUCAGUGCAAAGAAGUCGGCUCCAAAACAAUGUUUUAAAACCUGUUUGGGAACUGUCCCAGAGUAAGACCCAACAACUGGAACAGAAGAUGGCAGAUUGUCAAUCAUUCCCCGUAUCAGAUCAGUCAAAUCUAUGUGCUAUAAGCUCUGACUGCCAAGGACUGACUACUAAGCCUGUCCCUCCACCUGCAUUCAAAACAGCCUCUUUCUUUACUAUAGAUGAUCAGUCAAUUUCUGAUUCACCACAGGAGACAUUUAGCAGUAUCUUUGACGGUAUUUUCUGAACUACACAUUUGUCAGUAGAUAUUCAGUUUCUGUGGUGGUGGUGGUGGUGGUGGUGUUUGAACAAUAAGUCUUUAGACAUUGACAGCAGUAACAAAAUGGAUUUUCUCAACUUAACAUCCUUUAUUGUUUUGUCAGCAGCUAGUUCAGUAGUAUAUUCUUGUACUCAUUAAAUCAUUUAAUGAUAUUUUCUGAAUUAUAAAUCUAUCGGGGAAAGUGCCAUUAAAAGUUUAAAACUAACUAUAUGGCAUGUACAGUGUUCUCCCCAGAAUUUUUUUGAUGAGCUAUGGCAUCUAUUUUUAAACCCUUCCAUGUGUCGCUGCGAACCGUUUCCGUUGAGCAACUGAUCUGUGAGUCGGGCAGUCAUUGAUGUCUUGGAUGGUGUUUAUGAUUUACAUUAUUAUUGUAUGUACAUCUUACCAGUGAUAUAUAUAUGUUCCACUUUGGACAUUAAUCAUUGAUGAUAUUUUCUGAAGUUUUAUCUCUAAUUUAUAUAGAAAUUAGAUGUUGAAAGGUCACUUGGAUCAUACUCAAUGCAACAUGCAUUUUCUUUGAGAAGAAUCUCAUUAUUAAGUUUUAAUUAAUCUAUCUCCAGAUAAUUUAAUAUGGAAAUUGGAUAUUGUUUUAUAAAAAUCAGUUGAACCGAAAAUCUGUGAUUUGUUUGUAAAACUUGCUAAAAUUCUGUUCCUACAAUUUCUGUGAUGGACGAUGCUUUUAAGUGAUAUUUAUAGCCAGAUUUUCUUGGAUGGAGUAUUUAUUGUAAUAUUUGUUGUCAAGCAAUAUAUGUUAAUAUUGUGCGAAAAUCAAUAAUCCUAUCAAAUGGAGAUAUUGUUUUGACUGAUGAAAAUACAUCUAUAUAUGUUAAUAUAUAUUGUUUACUGGUUAUGUUUAUGCUCCUUGUUGAAAAUGCCAGGGGCAUGUAGUGUUACCUGAAUGUUGCAUAUUUUUUUAUUUUUUUCCUAAACCAAUUUUCUCAAUUACAGCACCCUUCACCAAUAGACAGGUAGUGUGUCACACGUCAUCUCGUAGAAAGUUGACACACUUUAUAGUACACACUUUUUCAGGUUCUUGUUCUAAGAUUAAGAGCAUUCUGAAAAGUCAAGGUAAAAUUUCUACAUUUCAUUUACUGUUCCUCAUUUUUGUAGAGAAAAGGAAAAGGAUUGCUAAAAUUAAAGCUGGAAUUUUUCUGUGUUUAAGCUAUAUAUUUAUUUCCACUUUUGUAACAAAGGCUGUUAAUGUUUAAUAUGGAAAUAAAUUUUACCAGCAUAAUACCUUGUUCAUAGCUUAACAUAUAGGUAGUAACCUUUGAACCCAAGGUUUUAUGGUGAUCUUUAAACUUUCAAUUUAUCCAUGGUUACUUUUCUAACUAAAAGACCAACUGUUUUUGUAGGUUUUGAAUUCAUGACAUCUAGCAAGUGCAAAAAUUCAGUAAAAGUAGCUUAACUUUUAAACCGUCUAAAAUAUCUUUAUGAAACAUGGGCAGUUUUUGGAUAUCAAGUUUCAAACAGUUGGACUGAUUGGACGGAGUUAUAAAUUUAUGAAAUAGAAAUGAAUCUAGUGAAUUGAUGUUGCUUUCUGCCAAGACGUAGCAAAGACUUGCAAGAACUGCACAAACCUUGUAGAAUGCAUCUUUCAGUUUUUAUAUUUGAAAUAUCCCAUUUAAAAAUACAUAAAAGCCAUUUAGUCUGGCCCUUGUAUUUAAGUCAUGACCUUGAUAAUAAGGUCCAAGGUGGAAUCGGUGCAAAACAAAUAUGCAUAUUUGCUGAUAAGGGUAGAUAUGUUUUUACUUGCACUAAAAAAGAUAUGAGACUCCUUGAGAAUGCUUCAGGAGCAAAUUAUUGUAAUAUGAAAUUGUCUUCAUGAAGCCUCAAUUCGGAAGCAAAACUUAUCGACCAAUAGCAGAACCACCCAUUUAAUUGGUGAUGCUGGAGUCAUUCGGCUAACCUCGGCCGAUUCUGGUACCCUUCAAAGGUACGGAAUCAUCCAAGAUGUGACGAGUGAUGCUGGAGUAUGUUGUGAUGAUUUUUCACUCUUUCUACAUUUUUUACCAGGUAUACACUACG